GUUUCUGAGAAAUACGUCUUUGAAGAACGAAGCACUUAGAUUGGCUGCUCUCUCUCCCAUUGGGUCUCCCUCAUGUCUUCAUCCCCUUUUCUGCCUUUUAGGCAUCAGCCCUCCACCAACUCCAGGCUCCUCCCUCUGUCCUCAGGGGGUGCCUCUCCCCAGGAGGUUUGGCCCAAACAAGGCUGCUGAAUAAUUCCCCUGAUUAAGCCAUGGAACAUCAGCAGCGGCGCAGACAUCAGGAACUAUCCAGAGGCCUUCUCCCUCAGCUCCAGGGAGCGGUGUGUGGCAUUUUCUGGGUAGCACCCCACCCGUCUCCCCUAAUGGGAGUUCUGACCAGCCACCCAAAGCUGGACAAAGAGUGCCUGGGAAGAGAACCUCUCUGUGCUGAAAACUCAGGGACGCGGGUAAGGGUUGUUGCAUCAGGGGGCUGGGAAGAGUUCUGCUUCCCAACCUCUCUCUGGUGUUUCCUGCUGGGAAAAGCUGGGUGCAGGGAAACGGGGACACUUCCUUUCUUGGGUCGUCUGGCUUGGGCUAUAGGUCUCGCGAAUCAGGUGACGUCUGAGGUUUGCAAUGAAUUCACAUCAAAGCUGGUACCAGCAGUGAUGAAGAGCCAGUCACCUAAAAAGUUCCAGUUGUGGGGCCUUGAGAACUGCUUUGCAAAAGGUGGCCUCUCUACUCUGCAUGCCAAGAAAGCUCGUGAAGGAUCCUUGCUUGGAAUCAGGCAGAGGAUUAGAAGAAAGUGGCCCUCACUCAUGCCCUUGGUGCCAGCGCGACAUCCUUCGUGCCCCCUCAGAGUCGUCUCUUGGUUUCCCUUGGGAUGGAGAGGCGGCACACAGUGAUGGGAGUGAAAGGAGCAGCUCACUGUUGAUGGCUUAGCAGUGCUUCCAGCUUGGAGCCUCAUCCCACUUCAGUGACGAGGCAAGUGUGAAAAAUGGAGCGUGGUGGAGAAGUCACAAGAUCUCCCAGACCCUCAUCUGGAGCUGCCUGCUCUCAAUCCAGCUGCAAUUGCCAGAUGGCAAUUAGGAGGCAUGUUUGUCCCUUGUGUGUGCAUGUGUGUGUGUGUGUAUGUGUGUGCAUGCGUGUGUGUAAAUGCAAACAAGGUUGGGAGCUGUGAGGCACCCUGGCUUUGGGGGCCCAAACUAGCUUGCUUCCCCUUCUGAGUUGCUGGCCUAAUUCCCAGCUGCAGCUGCCAUUCUGGGCCCCACUCCUGGAGGCAAUCUCUCUGCAGAUUUGGCAGCAGGAGAGAAGGGGCCGAGGCAAAGGGAAUGAACCCAAGGGAGGACUCAGCUCUGUAAUCUCGUGUCCAUGAUCCAGCAGCCUCUCCAGCUUGGCUGCCCUCUGCCAUCAGCUCUCUGGGUGAUUUUCUCUGUGCCUUGCACUCUCCCCUCCUGUCUUCAUCUCCUUAAGAAAGUGCUCAGAAAGUUAAACCCCCACACACAAACACACACGCAAUCCACCAAAAAAGAAAAAAAAAGCCCCGAGAGCGGGAGCAGGCAGACGAGUAAGAGAGCACGCGCGCAAGAGAGGGCUCACAUCGGUCCUGGGGGAAGGCAGCUCGGGCAGAGGGAGGCUGGGGUUGGCAGUGACUGGGACUCAGGUCUCGUCGCCCCCAGCAGCUGCCUUCAUGGACCUGGGGAUCCCAAGAGGGGCUGCCUCAGCUUAGGAUGGGCAACUGUGUCAAGUCUCCACUGAGAAAUCUCUCAAGGAAGAUGCAUCAGGAGGCGAAGACCAGCUACAAGGUGGUGCAGACGAGCGAGGAGGGGCUGGUGGCCGGCGGCGAGCUCCCUGGGCCGCUCCUGAUGCUGGCCCAGAACUGUGCUGUCAUGCAUAACCUACUGGGCCCCGCCUGUAUUUUCCUGCGCAAGGGCUUCGCUGAGAACAGGCAGCCUGACAGAUCACUGCGGCCAGAAGAGAUCGAAGAGCUCCGAGAGGCCUUCAGAGAAUUUGACAAGGACAAGGACGGCUACAUCAACUGCCGGGACCUGGGCAACUGCAUGCGCACCAUGGGCUACAUGCCCACGGAGAUGGAGCUCAUCGAGCUGUCUCAGCAGAUCAACAUGAACCUGGGUGGCCAUGUGGAUUUUGAUGACUUCGUGGAGUUAAUGGGACCUAAACUCCUGGCAGAGACAGCAGAUAUGAUUGGAGUAAAGGAACUGCGCGAUGCUUUCCGAGAGUUUGACACCAAUGGUGAUGGGGAGAUAAGCACCAGUGAGUUACGAGAGGCCAUGAGGAAACUCCUGGGUCAUCAGGUGGGACACCGAGACAUAGAGGAAAUUAUCCGAGAUGUGGACCUCAAUGGGGAUGGACGAGUGGACUUUGAAGAGUUUGUCCGCAUGAUGUCCCGCUGAGGCCUCGAGGGCCCCCCAGGACUGCCAAGCUCCCACGGGCGGGGGAAGAGGAGCUGGAGCUCGCCUCACCUCGCCAUAGUCGAUGUCGCCGAGAGCUCAGGACACAUCGGUGGAUGGGGCCUGCCUACACCCCGGGGAGGUGCCCACCCUGGACCCCCACCCCUCUGCACUGUGAAAGACUCACAACUCCUGCAACUGGAAAGGGGGUGCCCACGAAAAGAAGGCCACAGUGCCAAGCUGGCAGAGGUCAUGCCAGGCACCAAGUGCCAUGUGCCCAGCCGCUGCUGGCCGGGUGGACCAGGGAGCCCGCCAGCAGAUCCCACACAGCAUGUCCGCCCCAGGGCAAAGCCUCUCGCAUCCUCUCUAGCUCGUGCCUGUCCCAGCUCGCCUCAGCCCUGUUAUCUCAGAACCAAUAAAGAUAUUUCCACGAGAAGGGCAGCUGUGGGGGUCUUCGCUU